AUGCCUCCACUCUUUGAUCAAGGCUUUGCUCCAAAAGACACCUCUUUUCUCAACAGUAGUCACAACAGUAACAUCAACCAACGUUCGAAAAGAAUAGUUGGAAAUAAUCACAAGUUCAAUAAGAAGCAGCCUCUUCCAACGGCUCGCCCAAGCUAUUUGUAUUUACAAAUGAAUCAUCCAGUGUUAUUUUCCCGAGCGAUUGAACUCCUUAGUCAAUUCACCGAUUUAGUCUAUCUACAGAUGAAUCCUCAACGCUUGCUCAUUCAGGCAGUAGAUAGCACCAAAGUUGUACUCUACGAAUUGACGAUGCGAGAGGGAAAAGCGUUUUCGUAUUUGGAUCCUGCUCUUGCCUUCUCCAACUCGAAAAAGACGAACUCUGCAAUGUUGAAAAGCCCCUUUCUUCCUCCACUAUUUCAAGGGGUUCCAGAAGUUCAAAUAGGAGUGAAUUUGAAAAUCCUCGCCCAUAGUCUGAAAGGCUUGAAAGCUGAAGAUGAGUUGUUCAUGUUGUUCAAUACCGAUGAUGAAGUCACCAAUCGGAUCGAUCAAGACGUUAAUUCAAACCAGAACAAUAAGGUGAUCCAAGAUCCGGAAAUAAGGCUCACAGUCAAAAAGAAAAAUCCCAAUCGAGUGUUUACAUUCACUGUUUCUCAAUUCAUUAUCAAUGAUCAUGAAUUGGAAACGUUUGAGAUUGAACAAUUUGAUGAACAGGUACAAGUUGAGGUUCUCAUGUCUACGAAUUGCUUUUCUCAAAUCAUGCAUGAUCUGAGUCAAGUGAAGGGAGAACGGCUUGAAGUUCAAGUGUGUCAUGAUCUAAUGAAGAGAAGUGAUGCGUGUCAUGACCUAAGAAAUACUCUCAACGAUUCCUUAAGGUUAUUCUUUAGGACCGCAAAAGAAUGUGUCGAAGCCAGUAUUGAAGUUCAAAACUCUUUCAUGGGUCACGAAGAAGACAUGAUCAUUAGCUUCACAGAGCCUUAUUUGAAACAAUUAAUAAGCCAACAAUGUGUGGAUACGAAUUCCAACAAUGACGAGUAUGAGGGACUCACAAGCGCGACAACCAUUUCCAAUGAGUAUUCUUUUCGAAUUCUUUCCAUUCUCUCCAAAGCAAGCAAAAUAUCGGACCAAAUGCUCUUGCAAAUAUGUACGAAUGGACCAUUGGGUGUUUUGUACGGAUUGGAUGAAGGAGUGGGUUCCUUUCAAUUUUUUGUGGCUCCUUAUUUGAAUUCUAAUGGAUUUUCGUCAGAUUCUGACAAUGAGUUAUGA